UAUUCUAGGUGGUGCUUUGAAUUUGACCACAGGUUCCCGACGUCACUAAUGUGACCACGCCUCCGCACUGGGACUCACCUCAUAGCUGCAAAGUGCAACAACCAGAAGUCAUAAGACUGCUGUGGAAAUCAGCAAAAUCCGGAACCCAGCGGCGAAAAGGGAGAUUUCGUUUAUCUUGUGAAAGGAAAACCAAACCAACCGCUAUGGACCCCAGCAAGUCUUCGAACUCCUCUGCACCAGAAUGGGCUGAUGAGAAGUCCUCCAUCAGCCGGGCAGCCCCUCCACCCUAUGAACCCAACCUUGUAGGAUACCCGCAGUCUGUCCAGGGAUACCCACAGUCUGUCCAGGGAUACCCACCACAGCCACAGGGCUAUGCACCUCAGUACGGGGGAUUUGGACAACCACAAUACCCCACAGAUCAGCAGUACCCAGGACAGCCAGGCACUGUCACCAUCCAGCCCACAGUGUACGUGACUCAGGACCCACUGGCUAACCCUGUCAAUGACUAUCUGUGCUACUCCAUCUUCACCACGCUGUGCUGCUGCCUGCCACUUGGAAUUGCUGCCCUCAUCUAUUCCAUCUUAACCCGUGAUGCUAACCACAGAGGGGACCAGAUUGUGGCAGAAAAGAGCAGCAGGUUGGCCAGGACACUGAACCAUGUGGCCCUGGGAAUCGGUAUCGGAUUCAUCAUCCUCGUUAUCGUGUUGACAGUGGUUGUGCCUUCUGUUGCUUUCCACUAAAUCUGUUUCAUUCUCUAUCAAGUAAUCAGAGUACAUCAAGAACAGGAAUACUUUUUAUUGAAAAUCUGUAACAAUUUGUACCUUUGAAAAGUUAUUGAUAAUAUUAGCAGUAGAUGGCCCUUUAUGUGGAUCUGGCUGUCAGUUCCAGUUGCUCAAUCAGUGGCUUCACUUCACCAGUUGUGAAAGCUGUGGCGAGUUAUGUAUCACUGUCCUGAGUGUUGUUCAUCAUGCAAUGUCUGUAUGAUCUUUUCUUAAACAAAGCUGAAAAAUGAUAUAUUAAAUGUCUUUUUAAAUGAAUGUAUAUCAAAUGUCU